GGAGCGGUCUGGGCGCGGGCGCGGUUGGGGCGGAUGCACGGGGUGGGGCCGGCGGGGCGGGGUGGACUAGCGCAAGCGGUGAGGUAGACGAGUAGUGUGCACUUACUUCGGACCAAUGCAGAGACUUUAGUGUGACAAAUACUUUGAAAUGUUGAGCAAAACACUGAUUUCCCAUACUUUUUAUUCAGCUUCAACCUGAAUUAAGGCAGAAGGUAAAUGCGUAAGUGCUGAGCUUCUGCCUUAUCUAAUGAAUACUGCACUGUUUUUCACUAACAGGUUUGAAACCACCUUAUAAAGGACGCAUUGUUAACCUUCUUUGGAGAAGCUUAGGCACUGUGGGAUGAUGUCAUCUUGAGGUCCAGAGGCAGGACUAAGAAUUUGAUCCCUACUUCUUGAUCAUCCAGGUUAUUGCCCCCAGCUAGCAUAUUUAGCUGGGCAGCACUUAAGUUAGAAAGGAGAGUAACUCUGUGUUUGUCUCCCGGGACCAAGAGAGAAACAGAAGAGAGUUGUUUCAGAAAGGUGCUGGUGGGGGGAAGAUCCAAAAUUUCAGAACUAGAAAUGAAAAAUGAGAUCAUAGAUCAGUCUUAAAGUGCUGAGCUGUUGAACUGCCUCUGUGACUCAUCAUAUCCAGGUGUUUCAGAGCCUGAUGCUCAACCCUCUUCCUAUGCCACUUUCCUUUCCACAGCUGAUCGACUUCUAGUCCGACACUGCUGCCUUCCUCAGACCCUGGCAAGCUAAGGAACAAAGAUGCUGCAAAGUGUCAUGAUUCAACUCAUGAUGAUGAUGAUGGAGAAUUUCCAGCUUGCCUAGAAACUGAGUUCCCUGACUGUAGGCUAUUGUUUUCUCUCUAGUUCUCAGAUGAAAAAUAACUUGAGUUCUAUGUCCAUCUUGGGGUUUUGUGUCCCCCUCCCAGGGGUUUCUCAGGAAGUUUGUAAUGGCAAAAAGGCCACGGUUCUGCUACUCCCCCUGCUCAGAUACUGUGAGAAUCAUCUGCAGAAGAGCCUGUGCCAAGGCUUUCGAUUGAUGAAGCUCUUUCUGUUCUUUUCAGAGAGGUGAUGCUGAACUUGUUUCUCCAGAGCUGGGAGAACGCCCUGUGGAUGAUCACAUAUAUAACACAGUACAAAAGCACUUUAUAUCUUUGCUUUCUUUUCGUUUGCGUUGUAAUGAUGCCUUCAGCCUCUCUGAGCAAGUCUUAGAGGCUUGUACCAACAUCUGACACAGUAAAUCUCUGGUUCAACCAGGCAUGCAUCCAUCUUUGCUGGAAAUUUCCAUUCAAGUGGCUCUGGUGCCCUCCUGUGUAUCCUUGCUACAGCCAGCUCCCUGGCCUACAGCUUACACCUUCACAGGGGCAGAUACUCUUGGGUGAAAGCUGCCAAGGUAAAAAGCUGCCUAGUAAACAGCACUUACGUCAGUAGACUAGAAAUUAGGGAGUGCUGGGAACCCCUUCUGAAGUGCGGUUUAGAAAAAACAAGUCAUCCAGAAGAAUAAAGAUUCUUAGAUUGUUGAAAUCAUUUCUUGAGACUUUGAAAAAGUUCUGGCUCUCCCAGCAGAGGAUAGAGGUUGACAAACUGGAGAGAAUUCAUUACAAGGUUACUAAGAUGGUGAAGAUGUUGGAGCUCAUGACAUAUAAGGACAGGCUGAGAGAGCUGAACUUGAUCAAUCUGGAAGAGAGAAGAUGAAGGGACCUAACUGCAGUUAUCCACUACUUAAAGGGGGUUUCCACAGAAGGCAAAGCCAUGGUCUUCUCAGAGGUGCACAGUAAGAGGAGAAGCAGCAACAGUGCAGCAAGAGAAGUUCCCAGUAAACAUGCUUCCCCAGGAGAGUGGUCCAGCCCUGGGACCAGGCCUAGAGCAGUAGGGGGAUCUCCAUCCUUGGACGUAUUCAACUUUCACCUGAAGGCUUUGAGCAAACUGAGGUAGCAUUGGACUGAGCCCUACUUGGAGCAGAGGAUUGGACUGAAGACCUCCUGAGGUCUCUCCCUGCCAAAGUCUUGCCAUGUUUAUGCAUGUAGUUUAGGCAAGUUUAUUGUGGGGUUGUGUAACACAAGCUUUCAGCCCUUGUAGCAGGAGUGAGUUAACCUGUUCAUUUUAAAUUGUGAUUGUGUGUCUCCUUUUGGUGAAUGCUUAGGUGUAAAGAAAACACAGCUUCUCUGCCCCGUGUAUGUCUCAACAUCCGCUGUAUAUAAAGGUGGCUGAAUGAAUGUCCUGCAACACUGUUCAGUGCCUCUUCCUUCUCAUGCCAUUUGAGUCCUAAUUCUCAGGGCUGACCAAGAUGUACAUGAGCUGGAUCAUCAGUGAGAAGAGGAAUUGCUUAAUCCUGCUUUUGUGCUGCUCAUCUCCACACAGGGUGUGUCUGCGGCAGGAGGAGGCUCCCAGCAUGGAUGCCCAGUCCUGGACGGUCGCUUAGAGUGCACAGCUAGUGUUAUGUGCUAGACCGUAGCUGAGGGCUCCGACCGGGGCCUGGAGCCGUGCUGGAGCUAGGCCCUUUCUGCGCCCAUGGAGUUACCACCUCGGACUCGCACGGAGCUGUAACACAACGCUGAAGCUUGACUGGGGGAGCGGAUGGGCAGCCGGCCAGGGGCGACAUCCGACGUCGGGCUCCCUCCUGCCGGCGGCUCCGCAUGCCGCUCCAGCAAAGCAGUAAAAUCUGGACACAGGAUGUCAUUUCAGAGUGCAGCACUAGAGACAGAUGAGAGAGACCACAUGGAGACCACUUCACCUGCCCAGUGAGCCAUUCUGCAUGGAUUGAGCCUUUGGCUCAGAUACCUGUAUUGUAAAGUGGCCGUCAGGAACGUCAUGGGAUGGCAAAAGACACUGGAAGACACAGCUUUGUGCAAAGAGGGCAACUCUUCCUUCUCCAAGAGGUAUGCUGAACAUGAAGACAUGAUAAUUCGGGUCUGUUUCUGUACAGCUGUGUCCCCUGAAAGUAGGUGAUGAUGGAGAUCAGUGACCUCCCGGAGGAGCUGUGGCAGCUCAUUUUAUCCUACUUACAUCUCGCUGACCUGGGCCGCUGCAGCUUGGUGUGCAGGGCAUGGUAUGAACUUAUUCUCAGCCUGGACAAAACACGCUGGCGACAGCUGUGCCUGGGCUGCAUUGAGUACAGACACCCAAACUGGCCCAACCAGCCUGAUGUGGAGCCACAGUCCUGGAGAGAAACAUUCAAACAGCAUUACCUUGCCUCUAAAACCUGGACCAAAAACACCCAGGACUUGGAGUCCUCCAACUGCUUCUAUUUGUUCCGAAGGAGGAAGGAUCGACGUCUGCUCUGUGUUGGCACAGGAUGUGAGUUUGACAGCCUCAGAGCUGCCCUGGCCACUGCCAGCCCCUAUGACCGCAUCAUGCUGCUGCCUGGCAUGUAUGAGGAGCACAGUGAGGUGGUGCUCAAGGUGCCUGUGGAGAUUGUGGGGCAGGGAAAGCUGGGGGAUGUGGUGCUGUUGGUGAGCUUUGACCAGCACUGCCCUACUACUCGCCUUUGCAAUGUGGUCUUCAUGCCAGCCCGGUUCACUCCUGUGCUCUACAAGACAACUUCAGGCUAUGUCCAGUUUGACAACUGCAACUUUGAAAAUGGGCAGCUGCAGAUCCAUGCACCAGGGACAUGCCAGGUGAAAUUCUGCACCUUCAGCCAAUCCAGCAUCCAUUUUCACAGUGUGGCCCUGUGCAUCCUGGAGAACUGUGAGUUCACUGGGAGUGAAAAUGCCUCAGUAACUGUGGAGGGCUGCCCAACCUCUGACUGGAACUGGGCCUGCAAACACCUGAGCAGGCUGGCCAAGUCUUACCCAGUUGCCGUACAGGUGUCAGACCCAGCCUUUUGCACCAUGACCAGGCAGGAACGCUGGAGGAACUCACUAGUGGGCACAAUGAAAACACAUGAGAUUGGUGCAGGGGAGGAACGAAAUAACCUCCUUUGUGCUCAAGCCAUGUUUGACUCAGCCAGCAAGCAUUCUGAAUUCACAGAGAGUCUUCGGGCAGCAAAGGAGAAGGAAUACCCAACCCUUGACUCAAACUCUAGUGACAGUGACUUAUGCAGUGAAGAUGAAGAGGGUGAUCAGGCUGUGUACAAAUUACCAUACAAAGCCCACAGUCUGAGACACAUGCUCACCAACGUUAUGCACAGCAGGCUUCAAAGCAACAGGCUGCGCGGCCCACAUAGAGACCUCAAGCUCAAAUCUCUGCAGCAGGAGCUGCAGCAGGACAAGGAGGCCCAAUCUUUGGCCAACUCUCUGCUAGGCUGCAUCAUCCGGCAGUGCCUUUUCAGAAAUGGGAAAGGAGGAAUCUUCAUUUAUUCACGAGGGCAAGCAAAACUGGAAGGAAGCAUCUUCAGGGACCUGACCUACGCUGUGCGGUGCAUACAAAACAGUAAGGUUAUCAUGCUGAAGAACGACAUCCACCAUUGCAAAGCAUCAGGGAUAUUUCUACGCCUGUCAGCAGGAGGCCUGAUUGCAAAUAACAACAUCCAUUCAAACUGUGAGGCAGGAGUGGACAUUCGGAAGGGAGCCAAUCCUCUCGUUCUGUGCAAUAAGAUACACAGUGGCCUUCGCUCAGGCAUUGUUGUCGUUGGCAACGGGAAAGGCAUCAUCCGUAGCAAUCAGAUCUAUGGGAAUAAAGAAGCUGGCAUUUAUAUUCUGUAUAAUGGAAACCCUGCUGUGAGUGGGAACUAUAUUUUCCAGGGACUGGCUGCUGGAAUAGCAGUGAAUGAGAAUGGAAGAGGUCAAAUCACAGAGAACAUCAUCUGUGAGAACCAGUGGGGUGGAGCAGACAUCCGUCGUGGGGCCGACCCUGUCCUCAAGAACAACUUGAUAUCUUGUGGCUAUUCAGAUGGCGUGGUGGUGGGCGAGUGCGGGAAGGGUCUCAUUGAAGGAAACACCAUUUGUGGGAACAAAGGCUGUGGUGUGUGGAUGAUGUCCUCCAGCCUGCCUCAUGUCACCAACAACCAGAUCAGCCACAACAGCAUCUAUGGGGUUGCAGUGUUGUGCCACAAAGAUGAUGCCAGUGACUACGCUGCCAACCAAGGAGGCAGUGGGAAUUUCCAUGAGGAGAGAGAGGGUGCCAGCUGGGAGAAUGACCUGGACAGUGAGGAGGAGUACCUAGCCUCCCGACAUCCCAUCACUGUGGCACUGGUGGAGUUGAACAGCAUCAAUCAGAAUGGAGCUGCUGGGUUGUACGUCAAGAGCAGCGAAGCGCUCAAUAUCAUUGCCAAUGUAAUUCAUGCCAACCGUAACAAUGGGGUUGCAGUCCUACAGAGCACGCAGCUCACAUGCAUUGCAAACAACAGCAUCUCCUGCAACAGCCUGGGAGGUGUGCUGGUCGAGGCAGAGUGCCAGGUGGAGUUACGUGGCAAUGGCAUCUAUGACAACAGCAGCCAUGGCAUUGUCUCCAAGGGAAACGGCAUCAUUGUUGAGAACGACAUCAUAGGCAACCACAGGUGUGGCCUCCAGCUGCUCCAGGCAGCAGAUAUGAAGGUUAUUUUUCAGGUGACCAAGAACAGGAUCCAGUCCUUUCGGGAUUACGGGAUUGUUCUCUUUGACCAAGUGAAAGGCCUGGUUCAGGAAAAUCUAAUUUUCCAAGGAAGGUCCAAGAAAUCCAUUUUGCAACCAAUAUCGAAUACAGAGGAUUGUAUCGUCCAGAACAACAUCCUUCUCACCUUGAAGAAAAGGUUUGAUGUGGAGUGUAUGCUUAUGAACCCCUCAGCACGACCUCACAUCGAAGGAACUGCCCAUGGGUCCUCCAUGGCAAGGGGCAGUCAGAUUUCCAAAGUAACCAGGGUGGACAAAGGCUGCCACAACCAAGGAAGUAUCUUCUGUGCUAUUCUUUGACCAGGCAGGAAAGUUUCUUCAUUUGUCUCUUAGCUUCCUUUUUCUUUGGAGAUGUCACUGGGAAGAUCUCAUGGUUUAGGAGGGGGGGACUCCACUGGACUGUAUUUCCUUUUUGAAUCAGAGAUUUUACAAUGUCAGUGGCGCAUCACUAAAUAAAAAAUGGCUGGGAGAACAGGCACUAGUUUCUUCCUCUUUGCCCACUGAGAUCUUUGUUGAAGCAAUUUACAUGCAAAAGAAGUUCUUUGGAUGGAAAACACUAAUAGCAGGGCCAGCAAUCAGCCUUGUCCAGCCUCCCCAAAAGAAGCUCAGAGCACACGUUUCUCUUCCUGCAUGGACUGCAACUUUAGUUAUUUAGGAAUAUCUUGCUUUGAAGCUGCUUUGUCAGUGACACGUUUGCAUUUAUGGCAGAAGAGUCUCAGAGGGAGAAAACAUGUCCUGUGUAUUCUAGUUCAUUUCCAUGUUGUAGAGAACCGGUUCUCUACAUGCGGUUUUGUCUCGACAUUGCUGCUGCUGCUGCAAAGCUGCUGCUGCCAAGGCGCGUCGGGCAAUGCCGCGCCAGCGCCCCCGGGAGCCGUCCAUGAGGUAAACAACCUCGUGCACCUGCACGGGGUGAAAAGGGCGCGAAAAGGGCAGAAGGUCGUCUCUAGGGCACAAACCACAGGUACUCAUUUGCCAUCUGCGCAUGAGCCGGAGACCCCCAGAUGCCCCAGCCCAUUUCUGGAAGGUUCCGAGAGGGCGGACUGCGCAUGACAGUUAAUCUGCAUGGGAAGUGAGGAAGCACCUGCCAGAGGUGGGGCAAGAACCUAUAAAAACUGCAGACUGAGUGAAUGGGGGGGGGUGUCUUGCUUGCGAGACAACUGAAGAACUCGAGCGGAGUCAGCGGAACCAGACGGGAGCUUUCCCCCCUCUGCGCCCCCCGCCCCCCCCCCCCCCACACACACUGCUGAGACUCCCAAAGGAAAAGGACCAACAGGACAACGCUGGAUCCACGGGUGGUGAUAUCUUUUCUUUCGCGCUCUCUCUCUCUCCCCUCUCUCUUUCCCUCUCCUUUGUUGAAUACCUUUGUGUUAAUAAAUCUUAAACUGUU